AUGCCAGUACGUUGCUGCGACGUGAAGAGAGGAUCUGGUGCCGAAACACUGACGUGCCUGACUCCGGUGCGGCUGAACGGUACCGGUGGUCAGACGCGAUUAAAUCGUCCUGCUAGUCCAACAGAAGAUCUGGGUCGUCUUGACCGGAGUCGCGAAAGUCGGGUUCCUCAACAAAUGGCCGCGCUCAUCGAAAUGCUGUGGAACUGUACCAGUUUAGUCUGCUACAAUCGGUACUGGAGUCUCAAUCUCACCCCAUUGUCACGCAUCAUCAACCCAGUGAGAUUCGAAACAAUGAGACAGAAUGAGAAAUUUGCAACAUUACAUUUUGAUGUAUUUUAUGUGCUACGGACUUUUUGUAAGCAAUAUUGUUGUUUGGACUGGCAAAUGGUUGUUUGCUUCAAUGACAUUUCAACGUUGAAAAUGUGUUAUGCGAGAUGGCUUAAAAGUACUCGAUAA